UCAAAACUAUCAAACAGAUUCAAAGUGUGCGCUGUACAGAAUAAAAGAACAGAACAUAAACAGUGACAACAGAGUAAGCAAAGCAAUUCGAUCAUGGCGGGUUCCGAUCCAAACAAGCUCAUGGCCAAAGCCGAUAAACUAACGAAGCUCAGUUUUACAAGGUGGAAUGCUGAUUGGAAAAGCGCUACUCUUCUGUAUGAACAAGCGGCUAAUGGGUUUAGGAUUGCCAAGGAUUAUGAGAAAGCAAAGGAGGCGCUCGAGAAGGCAUCAAAAGGACAAGAGUUGAUCUCAUCACCCUGGGAUGCUGCAAAGCAUAUGGAGUCUGCUGCUGCUCUAGCAAAAGAGUUAGGGAAGUGGAAUGAAGUUGCUGAUUUUUACAGAAGGGCAUCAGAAUUAUACACUGUGUGUGGAAGAGCACAGCCUGCAUCAGAUGCUCUUGCAAAAGGAGCCCGUGCUCUUGAAGAUCAUGUGCCCGAAGAAGCCAUUCAACUUUACAUUGAGGCGUGCACUAUUCUUGAAGAUGAUGGCAAAGAGCAAAUGGCCUUUGAUCUAUAUCGAGAUGUCACUAGUGCUUAUAUAAAACUUCAGAAGUAUACAGAUGCUGCGGCUUUCCUGUUGAGAUGGGGCUUAGCAGCUGAUAAGUGCAAUGCUACUCAUAGCCAGUGCAAGGCAUAUCUUAGUGCAAUUCUCAUAUACUUGUAUAUUCAUGACAUCAAGCAAGCAGAGAAAUGCUACAACGAUUGCUCCCAGGUUGAUGCCUUUUUGGGCAAUGAUCAUGGCCGAUGUGCUAGUAAACUUCUUUCCGCAUACACAGAAGGGGAUAUUGAAGAAAUCAAACGACUUGCUCAGUCAAGCGCAGUUUCUCAUCUUGAUCACAUGGUCAUCAGACUCGCCAGGAAACUUCCUACAGGUGAUGUCAGUGGACUAAAGACAAAUUCGUCCAAGGAGCAAGAAGAGGAAUUGGAUGAAGAUGACCUUACAUAGCGCUGCGAUUGAUAUUGCCAUAAAUACCCUAUUUUACGAUGUGUUGAUACUACAUUCUUAUACAUGGAAUUCCCAAGU